AUGGCACACAAAACUCAAGAGAUUUCACAAAUCAUCGUCGCCCUAGAGACCCAGCAUAUCACCUGUUGCAUCGUGGGAACAGCUGCACUAAUCCAUUACGGUGCUCAACGAGUGCUUCAUGACUGGGAACUUUGUGUUCCAUCAUCGCUCUACCACCAGGCUGUCGAGUACUUGUCUUCCGAGGAUGAAUCAUCUACUCCUAUACACGCUUGCCGACCAUCCCGUCCACAACCUAGCUCGACUAACCAUCUACAUGCGCGUUUCCUCUGCCCGUCCGAUCGUUCAAUAUUCGUUGUAUUACCUGACGAGGAAGUCCAUUUGGAUCUGAGCCGUACUGAACGAGUUUACGAUGCCAAUAACAUCCCAUACCCUGCUUUGCGCGAUCUUGCACAGAGCCUCCUUGACACAAGUAAUGAGGUUGGCCUAUGCGACCUAGUUGAUGGGGCAGAUAUCGAUAUUGAAUGGGGCGUGACGAAUCUCGACCUUUCCGGUACCAAAGAUGUGGACUGGGCUGUUCAGAUGAACUCGAGAAUCAAGCGCCUGUGCGAACAUCCGUCUGAUAGAGUCGCCAUUUUCCCCACUUGUUCGAGGCCUAGGCGGGAAUUUUGGUCGCACAUUGCGAAUGCGAGCUCAAAGAAAGGUAGACUGGGCUGCCAAAAAUCGCCAAGCUGCUUUGACACACGAUUUCGUCUUGCUGCUAGACCAGCAAAUGUUGCAUCUUUGACGUCGGCCCACGGGGCAGGCUGA